AUGGCGACAGAAAACACGGAUGGCCCUGGCCGCCUCAUAUCGCAUUUCACCUCAAGAGACCGUGAGAAGCAGGCAUCCGGUUGGUCAGAGCUGUGGGAAUCCGACGAGAGCAACCUCUGGGAUAGAGGGAAGCCGUCCCCGGCCCUCAUCGACCUCAUAGAGUCUCGCUCUGAAGUCCUCCCUCGGCCGUCUGCUGACCGUCGUCUGAAGGCGCUUGUCCCCGGGUGUGGCAAGGGAUAUGACGUGGUCAUGCUCGCGCUCCAUGGAUACGACGUCUACGGCCUCGAAGUCUCGGAAAGGGGUGCGGGUGUCGCACGCCAGUACGCCGCUGCGGAACUGCCAGAACCGGGAGAGUACAAUUUCGGCACACAUGACAGCAUCUCCGGGGCACAGCCCGGCGAGGUGAAGAUCUUGGCAGGUGACUUCUUUAAACGUGACUGGGAGGCGCAAUGCGCCAGCAGCAGCGGAGACGACUUCCAGGGAUUCGAUCUCAUAUAUGACUAUACGGAGCUACUCUCGCUCACCGGUGUUCUCGUCUGCCUCGAGUUCCCUCUCUACAAAGACCUCGAUAUGCCGGGACCGCCUUGGGGUCUUCGCGGAGUAUACUGGAACAUUCUCGCGCAGGGUGGCGAUGGCAUUAUUCAGGAGCCGGUGGUCGAGGACGCAGAAGACAAAGUCUCAAGGGAGCUUUCCGGCGGGUGGAGUACUUCAAGCCGCCGCGGUCUUACGAGAACGGAAAGGGAACGGAUAUGGUCAGCGUGUGGACUGAGAAGUUCUAGCUAG